AUGGUCCAAGGACGGUUAACUGGUGCUGAUCAUCACGCGCUGAACAGAUCUGCGGACAGGUUAUCCAAAUGGUUGGGAUGGAACAAGAUUGUUUUCAACACGAAACAAGCUGCCAUUCAUGAGUCAAUUCUCAAGUUUCCAAAGCAAUACGAAACCAUGGUUGGAGGAGAGAUAGCGCUGGCAAGAGCAUUCCUCAAAUCCCUUUGCAAGAGCUGGGCGGUAUGCUCAGCUCUAGGCACAAUAGAAGAGCUUGGAUUAUGGUCCAUCGCUGAUCUCUUCACCAGAUUAUAUGACCCUUACUACAACCAAUCACUUAGGAGCCAGUGUCCCAGCAGUGGUGGUGACUCAAACCUUUCUCCUCUAGAUUUGCAAACUCCAGUGGUGUUUGACAACAAGUACUACAAGAACUUGAUAAAUUUCAAUGGAUUGUUCCACUCUGACCAGACACUGUGGAGUGGUGGUGAUUGGACAGUUGUGCAGUUGGUGCACACUUAUGCCAUGGAUCAAGUGCAAUUUUUCCAGGACUUUGCGACUGGAAUGAUCAAUAUGGGGAACCAUGAACCACAAGAAUAUUCUGAGAAUAUUCUAUAG